GGGAAACAACUUCUAAUAAAUAAUAAAUUUACGAGCUAAAAUUGAAAAGUCAUAUUUUUUUGUGAAUUUCCAUCAACAAUUUGUUUCUUGUCAAAAUUUGUGAGUUUUGUUUUGUUCGCGUAAAAGAUGUCUCUCUCAGAGAUGUCGGACAUAUCGAGUUGUGCCUCCAGUGUGUUGUCUGUUAGUCCAUCGGUGGAUGCAGAUGCAGACCCCGACCGAUCGGCGGCAUCGGGUGACAGUAUUGCAGUGGCCGAACCCAAGCAAUGCAGCUGUUCGGGUGACGACAUACCGAGCACUUCUGCCCAGCAGGAACAUGCUUCGCCAGUACAGCCCCGACGAUCCGCGUUGGGUUAUCUGAACUUCGUACAGGACUGCAAGCGUAGAUUUGGCAAGAUAUACAGCAGUCAAAAAUUGGUGAACACUGCACUCCAGCAGUGGCGCUCGAUGGAUCAGGCUCAGCGUAACCAAUACCGAAACCCCCACUAUCGCCAAAAAAGUGCCAAGAGAUCGCAAUUGCUGGAGAGCUCAAGCGGUGAGGAUGACGGCACUGCUUCCGUGGUGGGUUUGUCCAGGGGCUUUUUGACUUUGCCUGGGUCUGAUAUCUUAGUGAAGACAGGGGAUUGUGACAUGAAGCCCAAGAGCCGCGCCAUGGGCAAGCGCAAGCGCAGCCGCAGCUGUGGCAAGCGCAAGCGCAAGAAGUCUUCGUGUGCCAAGCGACGGCGCAAUAAGUCCGCUUGCAAGAAGAGCAAACGCAAGAAGUCCAAAAAGUCGAAGAAGAGCUGCGGCACUAGUCGCCGCAAGUCCCGUUCCGUAAAGCGCAAGAAGACCUGCUAAGACGAGGGGGACGAGGAGUAGGGAACACAACAAAACAAAACCAAAGUAAAAGCACACAAGAGAUGGGGCGAAACCUCCAAGCAAACGCACGCACACACGCACACACACACACACACACACACUCAUACGCUCCAUGCAGCUGAGCAGAAAGCUUCACGCAAUAUGUUACUCGAGAGCUUGGAAAGUCGCGCCCCUUCCCUUUCUGUUCGGGAUCCACAGUGUCAUACGUUGAAGUGACCAAUAAAUGUUACCCCACGUCAAGUGCA